AUGGCAUCCUAUCUGGAGAAGAUGCGCCGACAGUCCAAGCAGCUGUUUCCUCAGAACAAGCAGAAGCCUGGGGCGCCACCUAUCGAAGACCCUCCCAAAGUCUCAGAAUCUGCCGUACCGAAAGUAGAGGAUGGUGCUGUUCCUAGAAUUGAAGAACCCGCCGCCGGGCCUAGCGGCCCCGUGCCCUCCCCGCCAGCACCGACUGUCGCCGAUGCCAGCGAAGAAGUAGGCAGCGAUCCUGUUCUCGACGCCGAAGACCAAAGAUUCCUUGAGCGACUUGCCGCCAUCGCUUCGGAGCCCGAAGGCACUCCCCCACCUCUCCCUCAGCGAACAGAAGUAGUCGACAGCAAUGGCGAGAAGAAGGUUGGCAGAGAUGCCCAGACAGCCCUCCUGGACAAUGCAGAUAAAGUGCCGCUUCCCAUAAGUCCGCCCGAGACCACUGCUGAUGCUAGCGAAAAGGGCAAAGGGAAGGCUACUGAUGGAGGGCUAGGCAGGAAGAAGAGCGUCAUGUCUUACUUCCAGCUGCCCAAGUUCAACAGGAAAGACGGAGAAAAGGCUUCAAAAGACAAAAAGAUAGUAGUCACGGAGAAGGACAGAACCCAGUUCGCAGAUGAUCUCCAUGCUGCCGCCGAAUCCGCCAAAGCUGCCGAGCUCACUGAUGCACAGAAAGAGGACAAGGAGCUGACCGAGAUACUGGACCAACUCAACCUCUCAGCUGUCAACAACCGCGUCUUCAGCUUCAGCAAAGAGUCGGAAGAGCUCCUCAACAAAUUCACCCAGGUUCUCAAAGAUCUCAUCAACGGAGUGCCAACAGCCUACAACGACCUCGAGAAGCUCUUCACUGACUACGACAAUCAACUCAAAAAGAUGUACGGCAAUCUUCCUCCUUUCCUACAGAACCUGGUCAAGAGCUUGCCGGCCAAGCUCACAGCCACUCUCGGCCCUGAGCUGAUGGCUGCAUCGGCGGAGAAGCCUGGCUUUGAUGCACAAGCAGCUUCUGGAUCCAGCAAACCCAAGAGCAAGAGAUCUAUGCUUCCUCAAGUGCCCAAAGUGCCGAGUUUAAAGUCGCUGGUUUCUGCUCAGGGUGCUGUUGCAACAGCGCUGAGAAGUAUUGUGAACUUCCUGAAGUUCAGGUUCCCUGCUUUGGCAACUGGAACCAACGUCAUUAUGAGUUUGGCAGUCUUCGUACUGCUAUUCGUUUUCUGGUACUGUCACAAGCGCGGUCGCGAGACCCGUCUCGAAAAAGAACGCCUCGCCGCUGAAGAAGGACAGUCAGGACGUAUUAGCAGCGCUUCUUCCAUGAACGAGGACACCGACUCCAUCUUUGGUGAUCAGUCAAAGGCCAGGAUAAGGGAUAGCGGGAAGAUUACGCCUGCCUCCUCGCCCCAGGAGCCGCUUAUCAUCAAAGAUAGCAAAGAGAAGGAAGAGCAGUCGACAACCGUAGCUGAUCUUCCGAGUGUGUCACAUCUUCCUGACCCAAAGUCGGGGGAGGUUCCCAAGACUGCCACCCCACCUCCUGACCGCAGGUAG